UCUUUUUGCCCAUUGUUGAAUUUAUUUUGGAACUUGCGCCGGAAUCUUCUCGUAGACCAAAUAAUGGGUAAAGGAAAGAAGCAAAAAGAAAAGAAAGUAGUCUCCUUAGCAGAGUUCAACGCCUCCAUGGGACUCGACCCACUUAAACCACUAGAACUUCAGUCUUUACCUACCGCACCUAAAGGGGACAAUUCCGAGAAUCAAAGAGACUUUAGCAAAGUACGAAGAGAAGGUGGACGUGGUUUUAGAAAGGAAGAUGAAAGUGGAGAUGGAAGAAGAAAACCAACGGAAAGAAAGGAAGCAAAUGGCUUUAGAGACCUGGAUUGGUCACAAGCUCGUCAAGGAAAACCAGUAGAAAAGGAAGCUGACCUUAGAAGAAGAGCUCCAACAAAUAGAGACGUGGACUUUUCAUCUGCCAGACAAGGUUCACAAGUAAUAGGAGAAGAUGCAGUAGAAGCAAAACCAAGACAAUUAGAUAAGAAGGGUGAACGUGUUGUCGACCGAGACUUUGCACUUCGUCGCCGAGAAGUGACCGAUGACGACUCUAAACAAGAGAAAGAUUUUUCCAACCUUCGAAAGAAAGAACCCAUUUCACAAGUUCAGAGAGAUAGUAACUCUAGUGAAAGAGAAGUUGACUUUAGUUCUGUUCGUAGUGGUGCUAGUGUUAUUGAAUCUGUAACGGAUUCCUUUCAGCCCAAGAAGAAUAGAGAAGUCGACUUUGGUAAUGUUCGAAAAAUGGCUCAACCCAUUGCACAAUCAGUCCGCGAUACUUCAGAGAGGAAUGCCAAUGUUGAUUUUUCAAACGCUCGCAGUGGAAGUCACGUUAUUGCUUCCGUUUCUGCCAACCGACAACUACGUUCGGAAGACAGUCAAGCGAAAGAUCACAAACCAGAGAGCAAACGGUCUUCACAAAAUAGACCACAGAGCGGUUCAAGAGACGUAGAUUUUUCAAAACUUCGUAUUCGUGAAUAGACGGUUUUUGAAACAUUGCGCUAUCAAAGUUUCAAUUCUGAAGAGAACGCGGGAAAGUUCAGUUGUAUAGCUUUGUGACGGACAAACAUAUCAACGAAAUACCAAUCAUUAGCAGCAAUAGUUACAAAAGACUCGAAAGACGCUUUAUAAAAUUUGGAGACUUUGGGCCUCUUUUGUUGUCGGGUGCUUGACUCGGAAUGAGUGGGAGGUAUUCAACAC